AUGUUAGCCCCAGAUGUGCAGUUGAUGGUGCAUUCGUCAGAAGUUCUAGACGACGAGGGCUAUGUGCACCGGGGCUCUCGGCUCACACAGCUAGAAAGGGGCAGCGCCGAGCCGCCCGAGUGGCGGCUCCGGGACUUCGCCUUCGCCGCCUACAGCGGGCCGAACGCGCCCGGCCUACGGGAGGUCCACUUCGGUCGGAAGAGCAUUUGGGCCUUCGCUGCUGCCAGGGACCACACUGAGGAGAUUGUGGUCUUCCGCAAAGGCUCCGAUGCCCGGCGGAAGUGGGACGAAGACGCCCUGAAGGAGCCCAAAUCCGGCACAGAUAUGUUCUUCGUGAUGAAGAUGCGGCAGGUUUCUCCUGAAACUCCACUCUCCAAGCAGUUCAAUGGUGAGUGGGGAUUCUGGGAGAGCUUCUUUGUGCCUUUGCUGGAUGAGCAGCAAACCAUGCAGGCGUUCGCGUUGAUGGACCCAGCGAUGUGCGAGGACUUCUUUCGACCAGGCAGACUGCCUGUGACGUGCCACCGGUGCCCUGAGAACCGUCAGGUGCUGACCAUUCCAGAUGAUUUGGUGGUGAAGUACACGCUGAAGGUGGUUUGUAAAGAUAUGGAGCAGUGGUCCGACCUUUGCAACAAGAUCGGUGAGGACAUGACGAUGCAGGACACUUGCAUUAUCGAGUACAAGCACCUCAAGCCUGGUGAUGAGUGUGUGGAAGCGUACCACGAGACCACAGGGGUGGAGGAGCACGCGCGGCUCUUGAAGCGCGACUUCGAGCAGCUCAAGCUGCCGGUGGUGCUGACCUUCGAGUGCAACAUGAAUGUUGCGGCGGAGUGGAGGCCGGACAUGAUCUCCCUGCAGCACAAGUAUGAUGCCUUCGGCACGGUCUACCACUCCAACCUCUUGGGUGGCUUUAGCUCUCUCAGCGGCGCCCGCGCUGAUCCCUGGCACCCCAUGGCGCGCUUGGCGGUGAACGCCCUGAACAAGUUGCUGGCUCGCUUCCCGGACAUCCGCACCAUUUUGGACUUGGGCUGUGGCGACAUGUCCUGGAUGCAGUACUUCUUGGACGAGCACCCUCUCAUCAGCUAUGUGGGCGUUGACAUCACGCCCUUUUGCCUUGCGAUCAACUUUCGUCGAUUCCCAAAGAUGCAGUUCAUCCAGACGGAUUUGUCCAACCUGUCUGGCAUCGAGGUGAUGCCACAGGGCUGUGAUGUGAUCCUGGCGAAGGAUGUCUUCAACUACAUGACCUUGCCCGAUGCCGUGAAUGCGGUCAAACGCUCCGUGAGCUUAAAGCCUCGCUUCCUGUUGACCCACGCAGGGACACCCGUCCGGAGACCUCCCAACCCCACCAUCGCCUCGGCUCGUGCGGACCGCCUCGACCGCACAGAUGACGUUCGUGGGAAGAAGCAGAAGGAGCUCACGGAUGAGCAGAAGCAGGAGAUCAAGGAGGCCUUUGAUUUGUUCGACACCGAUGGCAGUGGUGAAAUCGACUCGAAGGAGCUCAAGGUCGCCAUGCGUGCCUUGGGUUUCGAGCCCAAGAAGGAGGAGAUUCAGAAGAUGAUCUCGGACGUGGACGACGAUGGCUCUGGCACCAUCGGCUAUGAGGAGUUCUUGAAGAUGAUGACACACAAGAUCUUGAACCGUGACCCCAAGGAUGAAAUCCUCAAGGCCUUCCGCCUCUUCGAUGACGAUGAGACCGGGAAGAUCUCCUUUAAGAACCUCAAGCGCGUGGCCAAGGAGUUGGGCGAGCGCAUGACCGACGAGGAGCUGCAAGAGAUGAUCGACGAGGCGGACCGCGACGGCGAUGGUGAGGUCAACGAGGAGGAGUUCCUGCGCAUCAUGAAGAAGACGAACCUCUUCUGA